AUGUUUUGGUUUCUUGGUCUCAGCAUUCCAAUCUUCAGCCUGACUACACCAGCACUCCCAGAUAAAGUUAAAGGAGUCACAAUUACUGGAGUGGUGGCUUGUAAAGGAGUCGCUCCAAAUGUAAUCAUAUCUUAUUACGGGGAUAAGCAAAUAAAGCAAACAACAACGGAUAAGAGUGGAAUGUUUAUGCUGGAAGGACUCGUCCUAACGAAAAAGAAACCUAUUUUACAUCUCAAAUAUAACUGCAGCAACCUGUGCAGCUUCAGUUACACGUUCAAUGAUUUGAAGAAAUACAAGAAUGGAGAGGUGUACGACUUUGGACCUAUCCAACUUGCCAACCCCCAUCUUUCACUAAAAUCAAAGAAAUGCUGAAUGGAAAUGUUAUGCAGCAUAUUUAUCAAUCAACAGUCUACCAAAUACGUUGUUUUCUUGCUCUUGGAAAUAAAA